UGACUAUGUUACCCUGCCAUUUUGAUGUUACCAUGUCAACAGCCCAACUAUCUGGCAUAGCACGUGGCAUCCGUCAAGUCAUCAAACUCCACUAUAAUAUCAAAUCUCAAAAGCCAUAUCAACUUUGAUAAUACAUCCAAUGCCAUUAUUGUCCUUGUUUUGCUCAUACACGCCUUUGUUGCUUCUAAGACCUUUAUAUGUAAUUAUGUAUCUUGACACCUUGAACACUUGAACAAACAAACUACUGCCACUGUCAGAUAACAUUUUACACAUGUGACCUGUGGAGCCCCACCGGACCAAACCAGGCUCAUCAGACAUGUUGCAUGACGACUCCCAUUGCAUAGUUCUCAGCACUGCUAUGUGACCAAUACAAUUUUCACUGUCGGCCCAACCUUGUGCAUCAACCUGGAAGCUCCACUACCAUUCCCUGGAGCUUAGAGCUUCUGUUCUUCUCUUCCUUCUGGCAAGUCUCUUCCUCUCUGACAGAAAUGGUCUACGGGUCUGUGUCCAUCUUGUCUUCUGCGUUCUCAUUUCACAAUAAUUCUACUACCAAGCAAUGUACUUCAGCUAGCUAUACAAGGAUUAGAUCCUUGAAGGUCUUGAGGAGUGAUCCUAGGACUUCUUUAACUUUAGGUCCCAGAGCUUUUGGCAUUAGAGCAUUCUCGAAACAAGCAAUUGACGGUGGUGCCAGGGAGAAGUUUCUGGAGAACAGUUCGAUUGCUGAUUUCAUGAGAUUCAGAAAUCUGGUCAAGAAAGCAAUGGCCACUUUCGGACAGCUGUUACAGAAAGAAGUUCCCAUGGUCUCUGCUUCAGCCUUUCCUCCAGGAACUCAAGAACAGGAUAAGAAGAUCCAUGAAGAAACCAAUGAGUUGGUGCUUGAUGGUGGAUUUGUGGUGCCUAAAUCCAACUCGUUUGGCCAAAGUUUUAGAGAUUAUAAUGCAGAGAGUGAAAGGAAAAAAACAGUUGAGGAAUUUUACAAGCAGAAUCACAUCAACCAAACAUUUGACUUUGUGAAGAGGAUGAGAGAAGAGUAUGGGAAACUGAACAGAGUAGAGAUGAGCAUUUGGGAAUGCUGUGAACUUCUCAAUGAGUUUGUUGAUGAAAGUGACCCUGAUUUAGAUGAGCCUCAAAUUGAACACUUGUUGCAGACAGCUGAAGCAAUCAGGAAAGACUAUCCUAAUGAAGAUUGGCUUCACUUGACUGGUCUUAUCCAUGAUCUUGGGAAGGUCCUCCUUCACCAUAGCUUUGGAGAACUCCCCCAAUGGGCUGUUGUGGGUGAUACAUUCCCUGUUGGGUGUGCUUUUGAUGAAUCAAUUGUUCAUCACAAGUAUUUAAAAGAAAACCCUGACUACUACAAUUCUACCUACAAUACCAAGUGUGGAAUUUACUCGGAGGGAUAUGGCCUCAACAAUGUGAUGAUGUCGUGGGGGCAUGAUGAUUAUAUGUACUUGGUGGCAAAGGAGAACAAGACAACUCUACCUUCAGCUGCACUUUUCAUCAUUCGAUACCAUUCCUUCUAUCCUUUACAUAAAGCUGGAGCAUAUAAACACUUGAUGAAUGAAGAGGAUGUUGAGAAUUUGAAGUGGCUUCAUGUCUUUAACAAGUAUGACCUUUACAGCAAAAGCAAAGUUCGGAUAGAUGUUGAGAAAGUCAAGCCUUACUAUCUAUCCCUUAUUGAGAAGUACUUUCCCUCAAAGCUAAGAUGGUGAGUUCAGGAGUUGCGAAAUUGGUGAAUUACUUUGAGCAGUUUUAGUGGAUGAUGGCGAUAAGGAAAAUUUGAAGAUGUUUUCUUUUCUUUUUCCACUUAGAAUGUCAAUUUGUUACUCUCUUUUCAGUUUGUAUGAGAUUUGUAAGUAAUAAUAAAGUAGUUCUGAGUUUGAGUAAAAACUAAUGAAUUUUUUUUUCUCCAA